AUGGCAAAGUAUGCAUAUCAACCCCUAACCGGCAAGCCUGGUGCUAGGUCCAUCAGACUGAUCGAGCUUCAACCGGGUAUCGACAACGACCCUAUCAAGUGCACCAUCAUCCAUGCAUCUCUAGACGACAAUCCAGAAUACUGCGCCAUAUCCUACUGUUGGGGCGACGCCUCUGACCCGGUCUCCAUAACUUGCAACCCAGAAGGCAACACUCUAGCUAUCACUACGAACCUCAAUGAAGCCUUGCGCAACUUCCGCUACCCGUACGGCUCGCAGCUCCUAUGGGCGGAUUCGAUCUGCAUCAACCAAGCAGACCUCGACGAGCGGCGAGAUCAAGUGAUGCUGAUGGGCGACAUCUACCGCUCAGCACGACGGGUGCAGAUCUGGUUGGGCUUGCCACCCGAGAAGCCCAAACGCAAACCCGACGUCCGGCUCUUCGACUUUAUCUCUCAGAUCGCCUAUGCAGACAGCGAGGUGCCCUUGGACGCGCCACCCGUCGUCCGAAUGGUAAUGUCGCUUCGCUCACUGAACAAAAAGCACUUCGAGGCUAUGGAAUGGGUGACCAGCCACGAAUACUUCCGUCGCGCUUGGAUCCUGCAGGAGGUUGCUCUAUCCCAGUCCUGCCCUGGGAUACAUUUAUGGGAGGCUUUUGGACUUCUCAUGGACGCUAGUGUCGCACACUUGGUUGCGCCCUUGGGUACCGAGUUUCCGCUGGCGAUUGAGUCGACGCGCGAAAGUGUUACCAGUGUGGAAGAUGGUGGGAGGGAGGGGAAGGGGGAGGAGAAGGAGAAGCGGGAGUCAAUGCUGAGUUUGCUGGUGCUUCAUCGCUGGCGGCUGGCUACUGAUCCUAGAGACAAAAUCUACUCACUCCUCGGCCUGGCAAAAGACGCCGGGCCUGCUGGGCUGAAUUUGCGCCCUGACUAUAGCCUUAGUAUCGCCGCCGCGUAUGAAAACUUAGCCCGAACUUUAUUGGAUGCCCAUGGGAAUCUGGAUGUCAUCACCGUCGCGGGUAUACCUGGGGAACAGCCUGGUGCCCCGGAUGGCUUGCCGUCGUGGGUACCUGACUGGUCUAGCACCGAACGCCGUUCGCCAUUCGCUCUUCGUGGACGGUUUCUUGGCCUCGAAAAGUCGGCCUUUCGCGCCGCCGGCGAUUCUACCUGGACAAAGGCUUCUGCAGAGGCUACUGCAGGUGCUUCUACGGCUAUAGGAGGACAACUCGGUGUUCAAGCACAAAUCUUGGACACCAUCGGUGAACUAGGCAGCACCAUGCGCCCAGAGUUCGGCGUCACGGAAUACUCACCUAGCUACACGAAGCUUCUGGAUUCGCUAUACUACGAGGACACAGUCUUUGGCGAGUGGGAGAAACUCUGCGGUGCGCGACUGACUGGCAAGACCUACGCUGCCACAGGCGAGCCACUCUUCGAUGCGUACUGGCAGACGCUUAUCGCUGGGUACCUCGAAGGUCCCCACGACGGCGACGAGAACCAGGACAAACUGAGUAGAAGAGGUGCGGCGUUCAACGCCAAAAAGCACCAGUUUCUUGCAUUCGAUCGGUACAAGCGCACAGGGCGCGUUAUCUUUCUUACUCUUUUUAAAGUAGUACUUAUAUAG